AGUGGCCUUGUUCUCCACCUUUUUCGUUUGGUCCUGCUGACGCUGCCCGGCUCUCGUCAGCCUCCGGCCCGCUCUCUCCUUGAGACCGAGCACCAUGCCUUCAAUUAAAUUGCAGAGCUCUGAUGGAGAGAUAUUUGAAGUUGAUGUUGAAAUUGCCAAACAAUCUGUGACUAUCAAGACCAUGUUAGAAGAUUUGGGAAUGGAUGAUGAAGGCGAUGAUGACCCAGUUCCUCUACCAAAUGUUAAUGCAGCAAUAUUAAAAAAGGUCAUUCAGUGGUGCACCCACCACAAGGAUGACCCUCCUCCUCCUGAGGAUGAUGAGAACAAAGAAAAGCGAACAGAUGAUAUUCCUGUUUGGGACCAAGAAUUCCUCAAAGUUGACCAAGGAACACUAUUUGAACUAAUUCUGGCUGCAAACUAUUUAGACAUCAAAGGUUUGCUUGAUGUUACAUGCAAGACUGUUGCCAAUAUGAUCAAGGGGAAAACCCCUGAAGAGAUUCGCAAGACCUUCAAUAUAAAAAAUGACUUUACUGAAGAAGAGGAAGCCCAGGUACGCAAAGAGAACCAGUGGUGUGAAGAGAAGUGAAAAGUUGUGCCUGACACUGUAACACUGUAAGGAUUGUUCCAAAUACUAGUUGCACUGCUCUGUUUAUAAUUGUUAAUAUUAGGCAAACAGUAGACAAAUGCAGCAGCAAAUCAAUUGUAUUAGCAGAAUAUUGUCUUCAUUGCAUGUGUAGUUUGGGUACAGAUUCCAAACCUAUGGCUGAGUUUCUUCCAGUAUGAUCAAAAGUAUCUUAUUUCUUUGCUCUGAAUAAAACUGAAUUGUGGGUUCUCUAUAGAAAGUGG